GCGCGCGAAAGAUCAAAAUUUCUAUUCGGUGUGUAUGGAACAGGCGGGAGGAAGAGGAAUAGCCGGGACAAAUCGCUCUCUAAAUGUGCUUUAAAGGUAUAAAAUAGACUUUGCCACGCAGACAUUUAGUUUCAGACGUCUGUUGUGGCUUUCGAGAUUCGCCAAAUCCUUGUCUUCGCUGGUUUCUUUUUAUAAAAGAGCGAAAACCAGCCGGCGGACAAAGAUGAGCCUGGUCCUUUCUCAACAACAGGCUGAGGGGCUCCCAGCUGUGGCCCAAACAGCAGCAGAGAGUGAUUCAGACAGCGGGGUGGGCUCUCCAGCAGAGGAGGUGGUCACAGAGGCAGCCAACAAAAGAGAGGAGCUUCCAGAUUCUGAUGAUGAUGAAGACAUCACAGCUCACAGAAAGCCUCGCCGUAAUGCCAUCAGAGACAGUGACAGUGAGGAGGAGGAGGCAGCAUCAGAGAACAGUGUCCAUAUGGCUGAAGCGCUGGUCUUAUCUGCCUCCAGCGGAGAGGAGAUGGAGACAGGACAGGCAGAAGAGAAGGAUGAAAGAAGAGAGAAAGGGGUGCAGAAGAGCAAGAGAAUAUGCCGUGCACCCAUCGACAGCGAGGACAGUGAACCUGAGCAGGGGAUAUGUGGAGAAAUGGAGGAACAACAGGAUGAGGUGAAGAAGGAUGUGAAAUCAAAGGAACGGAAGAAGAGAGAGAAGAGCCAGAGGCAUCGGGAGAAAAAGGAGAAACGAAGCAAAGCGGUGGAAAAACUGAAGAAGAAAGAGAGGUUCUCUGAAAUGAAUGAGGACACACCUCUCCCUCGGGCUCUGAAUGACAGCGGGUGUCCGCUGGGUGACACAGACCUGUUUGACACUGGUCUGAAUGAUGAUGAAGAGAAGGAGGAAGAGUCUCUGGAAGCCAUCAGAGCUGCAGUCAAACAUAAGAUGAAAAAACAUAAGGACCCUCUUCUGAAUGAAGAGGAAGAAGAUGAUGAUGAAGAGGCACAAAAGAAACCCCAGCGUGUGGAGAGGAAAGCUGCUCGUGCCAGCAAAGAGGCAAUGAAACAGCUCCACAGUGAGUCUCAGAGGCUGGUCAGAGAGUCCACACUUGGUCUGCCCUACCACAUCCCUGAGCCCAAGACCAUUGACCAGUUCUUUAAGAAGAGAGCCAGGCCAGAGGGUCCUGCCAUGGCAUUGUUGAAAUCUACAAAGUAUUCAGCCAAGAUGUUGGAGGCACCAUCAGCUCCUCCUCCACCUCCUGUAAAUCCACCCAGCAAACCCCAACAGCCAUCCACAGAGCAGGACUCCUCUCCUUCUCUGGAUCUCUCCUGCACUCAGAUCCAGGCCUUACCUCAUCCUGCCGCCACCUCGUCCCCACAGAAAGAGAGCCUCAACCAGGCCAGAGAAGCGACUGCGAGCCUGGAUCCCAUCCAGGAAUCUGGCCCAAUGCUCUACCUCUCUGAGAGUCUGCAGGAGUCAGUCACGGCAGAUGGAGUGGAUAAAUCUGCUUCUGGCUCUGGGGAGGAAACCUCCACUGCUCCUUUAGAACAAGGCCGGACAACAGCAAUGUCUGACACUGACGUCCUGCAAAAAGAGCCUGUAUCUGGGGGGUUGGUGGAGCCUGUAGCCGCUCAGUGUGGGAGCGCUGAUUCAGCUGCAGCAGAGCCCUCAAUGCAGCAACACACCAAGCCCAAGAAGGACAAAUUGGCCAGACUGAAGGAGCUUGGACUGGACCCCCCGCCUGUUGCUAAAUUGUGUCCAGAUGACGGAGCCUUUGUUCAGCUCGAGCCUCCACAGCUCAACCCUGGUGUGGUGGCCCUGAAGGAGCGUUACCUCCGUCAUGUCCAGGCUCCCGUAAGGCCCCAAGGAGAGCGAACGAUGCAGCUCAACAUCAUCCGCAAAGACAGCACCCCGUCUGGCAAGGAGGAGUUGCACACUGAGUCGGUCACUGUCACUGUUAAGGAGGGAGCAGAUGAGCCAGCACCCACCAAACCUGGAGAGAAGCUGCUGACCCUGAAGCAGCGUCUGCAGCUCGCCAUGGCCCAGCGGAGAAAGGAGGAGAGAGCUCGCAAGGCCGAGCUGAAUCGCCUUGACAAUGAAGAGUGUGGAGAGGAGGAGGAGGAGGAGGAGGAAGAGCUGACAGAUGAGUCAGAGGAGGAAGAGGGUGUGGACGACUUACUGGGAGGUGAUGAUGGGGAGGAAGAAGAGAAGGAGGAAGAGGAGGCUGAGGGCAGCGUAGCUCAGAGUAUCAGGAGCCCUUCUCCUGUGGCACUGACUGGACCCUCGCCGACUCCUGACCUCGUUAACACAGAUGGUACACUCAUGCUGUUCCCCGGCAACUCCUGCUCUCGCACAGGCGAUGGUGUAAGAAGGUCUGGACCCUCUGGACAGGACAGCAGUAAUAAGAUGGAAGAGGACGACUCUCUGUCCCUCGUGAAGGACAACAGCCACAACAGCAGCUUCGAGCUCGCAGGAUCCAUGAUUACCUCUUACCAGCCCGUCAAUCAUCAGCGCUCCACAGGAAGAGGGGUCUCCAGCUCCUCCAUUUUUCGCUCCCCUUCUCCGUGCCUCUUCAGGCCAAGCUUCCUCGGCUCUGCCUCUAAGAGUUCAGGCAAACUCUCCGAGCCCUCUCUCUGCCUCCCUGUUGAGGACUCCCAAGACCUCUACGCACCUCCGUCUCCAGGUGCCGACUCUGGACCCCUGGGUGGAGCAGCUUCAGGCCCCGGCCUUGGAGGAGACUCUCAAGGUCGCUUCUCCUUGGAGGACGACGCCCAUUCCCAGCUACUCGAUGCAGACGGCUUCCUCAACGUGGGGCCUCGCCCCGGUGCGCCUCGCUCCUCCCACAAGAGACAGUUGAUCCUGGACAGCCUGGAUGAAAAUGCAAUGGAUGCCAACAUGGGGGAGCUGCUGGGGUUGUGCUCAGGUGUUUUUGGGACGGCAGAGAACAGCUCCAGCAGGGGCGCAGGCCUCAGAUCAACACAGGAGGACGAGCUGCUCGGGCUGUGCUCGGGAGCGUUUCCAACAACGCAGGCAGGAGAGGAGCAGACAGAAACAGACAAGAGUAAAGAGGGAGGACAGGAUGAAGAGUCUGACAAUACCAUGGAACAACUGCUGGGGCUGUGCUCAGGAAAAUUUCCUAGUCCAGAUUCUGCUCACAUGACCUCACCAGCUCAAGACAGUAAAGAGAAGGCAGAGGAGGAGCAGCAGGAGGAGGAAGAGGACUGCGAGUUCCGGCUUCUGUCAGAUGUAGAGAGUGAGCAGGAUGAUGAUGAGGACGGUGGAGAAGAAAACGACGAUCAUGAAGAUGGAGAGGAGGAGGAGGCAGAUUCUGGUGAGGAAGGGGACAAUGAUGUAGAGGAGGAAGAGAUGCAGGGUGUGUUUGCGCCUCACCGGGUCAAAAAGAAGAGGAAAAUGCGUUUAGCUGACUACCUGGAGUCAGAGGCCGAGCUGUCGGGCAGUGACAUGGGCAGCGACGACGAGGACGAUGACAGAGGUAGUGAAUAUGAGGAAGAGGAGAUUCUUGAGGAGCUUCCCUCUGAUGAAGAGCUGCAGGACCAGGUCAACAAGAUCCACAUGAAGCAGAUUAUGGAUGAUGACAAGCGUCGUCUGAGGCUCUACCAGGAGCGCUACCUAGCUGAUGGCGACCUGCACUCUGAUGGCCCGGGACGAGCUCGCCGCUUCCGCUGGAAAAACAUUGACGAUGGUUUCAACAUGGACAGGAUGGGAGUAGAGGGUGAGGAGGAGGAGGAAGAUGAAGAUGUCGACCAGGGUGAAGUCCAGAGGAGGAAGGAGAGACUAGAGAGAGAACAGUGGCUCAGAGAACAGUCCGAGCAGAAAGCCAAGAAAGGGGAUGAUUUGGAUGCAGACAACGAGCGGAUUGGAGAGGAAGACAGUCAAUUUAUGAAGCUGGCCAAGAAGCUGACUGCCAAAACUCUGCAGAGAAAAGAGCCUCCUGUGGCACCACAGCCAGAAAAGAAGACGACACCAGCUCUCAAUCCUUUCCAGAGACCCGCACAGCCUUUACAGGUGAGGAGAGGCUCACUACUGAGUCGGCCUCAGUCCGUCCUCCAGAAACUGGCGUCGAUCUCAGAGGGGAAUCCUCUGGCGCCCAGAAACAGCCGCGGAUUCCUGUUUCAAACGCUCUCUCCAGAGAAGGACAACACGACCUCAAACGCUCCUUCGAAAACAGGUGAGUAAGAGAAAUGUUACCACACAAAUGUAGGUAAGUGUAGAAGUGUGGUCCAGCAGAGUGCUUGAAUGGUGGACAAUAACAAACAACACGAGUGGACUGUUCCAUGGUGUAUUUAAGCUGUAAUAACUCACCAAGAGGCUGACUAUAAGUAAAACUCAUCCCCCAGAAGUUGUUAAUUUAAGGACAAAAGUAGACUGUUUUUUGAGCUGCGAUUGACGGAAAAUCGAUCAAUUGAUUAUAGAUAGAUUAGCCAAUGUCUGAUUUAACCACCACCACAAGAGUAAAUCACUUUUCCCGAUUAUGUUUGGUCAUGUCUCUUCUGCAAGAUCUUGAUGUUCUAAAACAAAAACAAAAUACUUUCCAAAGAUCUUGGAGAAGCUGAUCAGUGUGAUAAUCAUGUGAGUGUGGUGGGUGAAUUUAUUUUUUGAUGUAUUCUGCAUUUAUGACACUAGGGGGAGCCAAAGCCCACUGCUCCCAUUAGAUCCUCUUGUGUUGGGAUGGGGAAAAAGUGUGUUGCUUGACAGGUUUUCCAAACAUCCCUCAUUGAAAUUUUAAAGAUAAAACCACAAUUUAUUUGUAUUUUUCUGAGUCAUGCAGGUAGUUCUGCAGCUGUUGAUUUAAAACAACAAAACAAUGAACUCUUUUAUCACUGUAAUACUGCAGCUUCAACACGCAGUGAGUAAUUUUGUCUGUUUUGUUUGUCUGAUUGGGUUUUGUAUAAGAGCUCAAAGACUUUGCAUGUGUUUGAUCCUUAGACGAUGAAGAAGAGGGGGCCGGUGGAGGCUGUGAACCCAGCAGCGAAGCGAGUCUGCAGGGAGAACAAACCUGCUGGCCAGACCAAAGGUCCUCAGAGGAGCAUCUUCAACUUUCUGGACCACUGAGGUCUCAACACACUAAAUGAAUGAUAAUCAUCAGCUGACUGGUAAGGGCCAGAACUUAGGGGCCACGUCCAGUAUUUCCACUGACAAUGAGACUUGAAAAAUGAAGGAGGUGGCAAAGUUAUGGUUGACUGCAGGUCAAGGUGUUUCUCACCAGUAUAGAUGGUCAUGUGUGUGUUUAUGUGUUUACAAUGCCUUAAAAUGGCAAACUAAAGAACACCAGCGAAGCAUGUUUUGAUGUUUCACUUGGUGAACUUCGUCUUACACAGACUUCAUCUCCAUUUUAAAUCCGUUACGCCGUCAGCAGCGCUCAUCUGUCACAGCUUGCUCAACUUAAUUCGGGCUGCUUUGUGUUUGUCCAUUUAAAAUGUUUUAUCAUGUAAAUAGGAUUUGAUUUGUUUUUUUAAUGGAUAGGGAUUAUUUUGUAUGAUGAUUUAAAUGUGUUUGUUUUACAGUGUAAAUAAAAGUGUAUUUUAAGA